CUGAAAAGGACAGAGAGGAGAGAAAUGCAAAGGGAUGUAAGAUGGCAGAGCUACAAAUGCUAUUAGAGGAGGAAAUCCCUGCCGGUAAAAGAGCGCUUGUGGAAAGCUACCAGAACCUGUCCCGGGUCGCGGAAUACUGUGAAAACAAUUAUGUUCAGGCUCAAGACAAGAAGAAGGCCCUGGAGGAGACCAAGGCCUACACCACCCAGUCUCUGGCCAGCGUGGCCUACCAGAUCAAUGCCUUAGCUAACAAUGUGCUGCAGCUGCUGGACAUCCAGGCCUCACAACUACGACGCAUGGAAUCCUCCAUCAACCACAUCUCCCAGACUGUGGACAUUCAUAAAGAGAAGGUGGCACGUCGGGAGAUCGGCAUCCUGACCACAAACAAAAACACCUCUCGCACCCACAAGAUCAUCGCCCCGGGCAACAUGGAGCGGCCGGUGCGCUACAUUCGAAAGCCCAUCGAUUACACACUGCUGGAUGAUGUGGGACACGGUGUCAAAUGGCUUAAGGCCAAGCAACAUGGGAACAAUGCAGCAGGACGAGGAGGGACGCUUUCCAGGACCAACCCCCCAACACAGAAACCCCCAAGCCCCCCCAUGGCUGGUCGUGGCACCCUGGGGCGUAACACUCCCUACAAGACACUGGAGCCAGUGAAGCCUCCAGUGGUGCCUAAUGACUACAUGACAAGCCCGGCCCGACUGGGCAGCCAGCACAGCCCUGCACGCACAGCCUCACUCAACCAGAGGCCCAGGACACACAGUGGCAGCAGUGGGGGUAGCGGAGGCAGGGAGAACAGUGGCAGCAGUGGAGUUGGUGUCCCUUUAGCAGUUCCUACCCCCUCCCCUCCCAGUUUGGGACAAGUGGCGACGUCCUCAGCCUCGGUGCCCCAGGGCCCCGGAUUGGGCCCCAUCCCUAUGUCCCAGUUUGGCACCAUCUCCCGCCAGAUCUCCCGCCACAACUCUUCCACCACCUCCUCGGCCUCCAUGGUGUCGGCCACCGGCACCUACCGCCGCGCACCCUCCGUCUCCUCCCAGCAGCCUCACAUCAACGGGGGCCCCGCUUACUCACAGAGCUCAGUGUCUGUGGCUCCUCCACCUCCUCCUCCCAUGGUCCAGCUGACCCCACAGAUCCCUCUGACCGGUUUUGUGGCCAGAAUGCAGGAGAGCAUAACAGACAGCCCUGCCCCGCCUCCUCCGCCUCCACCAGAGGACAUGGGUGUGUUUGAGGAACCCUCUCCCCCUCCUCCUCCCCCACCUGUGGACUAUGAGGAAGAAGAGGCAGCAGUGGUUCACUACAGUGAUCCCUAUGCUGACGGAGACCCCCACUGGGCCCCCAAGGCUUAUUUAGAGAAAGUUGUGGCCAUCUAUGACUACACCAAGGACAAGGAGGAUGAGCUGUCCUUCAUGGAGGGAGCCAUCAUCUACAUAAUCAAGAAGAACGACGAUGGCUGGUUCGAGGGCGUCUGCAACGGCGUCACUGGACUCUUCCCAGGAAACUACGUUGAGUCCAUCAUGCACUAUGCUGACUAAAAAAGAAAAAGAAACAAAAAAUCCACCUAAAAUGGCACUGCAGUUUUGAGCAGAGGUAGAACCGUGAAGAUGUACAGAUGUAUGCAGUGCAGCGAUAGCAGUUCAUACAGCUCCUGUUUUGAAGUGCCAUGGUGAAGUCUUAUACAAAAUGGUUUUCUUUUGGGGGGGCUUGUGCUUGCACGGUUUUGUUCUGCUCUUAAAAAAAAAGUGUCGCACAAUGAAGGAGGGUGCUGAAUCUUUGGAUGGCUGGGGUCUGUUAGUUUACACUGUGAACGAAAUGGAGAUAAACCCCUUUUUUCUACCGCUUUCACAUCUGUGGUGGUCGGUAGCACUUUUCAAUCUGCCUCACAAUAAAUAACAUACAUAUAAAAUAAUUAAAAAGAAUGACAAACAAAUCUAGAUGUAGUGUUAAUUUGCAUUCAAGGUGCUAUCAGAAAGUUCUGAGACUGCGCCUAUAACUAGCAAAAACCAUACUUGAUUUAUAUUAUCAGGGCAUUCCCUUUGAAGAAAUCAGCGUAACACUGCUCCCAGUGCUCCUGCCACACUUUGAAGGCUCCCUUGAAAUCCCGUUCUGUAAACGCGCCUCCUCUACUGUGUCAUCCCUCAGCUUAAAUGAAGAAGAAGUCGCAGGGAGCCAAAUCUGUUGAGUGGGGAGCGACAAUUGUGCUAGCGCAGCCAAAAUACAGCUCGCAGUCAUGAUGGUUUUCAACAUGGUGCUACUUCUGUUCCAUGGUGAAAUAGCAAUUGUGCACCUGCACCUGCACCUGCUGCAUGUGCAUUAUUGUCUCACACUGCAUUUGUUUGCAGCAGGAUCAGUCUCUGAAAUUUCUGAUUGCGCCUCAUGUGCAGUCAACAUUUCCAGUAAUUACAGUAUGCAGUAGAUCCAGACAGUGAAGUAUUACAAUGAUUUUGUUGAAUAGAUGAGGCAGUGUGGCAUUCCUAUGACAAAAUGCCACACAGAUGCUCCUAACCCUUCAUUUGCACUGUAGACCAGCAGACUAACUCUUCCCUCCUUUCAAAAAUAUCCAUCUGACCUUAUCAAAAAAAAAACCUGAAAAGGACAAACAAACAUCAACAAGUGCAUUAGGACACGACUGAAUGUUCCAUGCUGUCGAUGUCCAAAUCACAAGAUGUUUAAGAGGGGGAACAAAAGCAACUUGGAGUUGUGCAUUUACUAUGCUCUGUGUGGGUGGGGAUGCUGUUAAAAAGGAAGUGAAGUGAGUGUAUAGAAUGCAUUACAAAAAAAGAAAACUGUUUCUUCUUUCUGGUGGAGUUUCUUUCUGUUCUCUAAUGUGUAUAUAAACUGUAAUGUGAGAAGCUGCCAGUACAGUACAUUUGUCAGUGUGUUUCACCUGUGAGUUUCCAUCAGCGUCAGUGGAGGUGGUGCCAAGAUUGGAAGGGUUUCAUUUUUCUUUUUUCUUUUGUGUUUAUUUUUACUUGAAUAUUAAUUUUAUUCAUCACUCACAGUGCCAUUUUAACUUUAUCUAGGCAAAGUGGCUGUGUAUAAACAUUUAUUUUUCUCUUAAGUCACAGCAAUAUCAUUUUUACCAUUGUCACUAUAUUUGGUGAUGCUGUCCAGCUACUGUAGCAGAGCUCCGAGAUGUUUCUUGCUUCAGAAAGUGAAGCAGAGGAAGGACUAACUUGUAUGUUUCCAUGUUGUUUUCCAUUGUGUUGGAAUAGCUGCACUGAUUAGUUAUCGACAACUGUGAUGACUUUCUGAUUUUCCUUCGUGGCUCCGAUUGCAGUAUCAACUAACCUUUACAUUUAUUGUCAUUUCUUUCAGUGGUUGAUGGUGUGGUGCUUCACACUGGUGCUCAAUAACCAUAAUCACCAACCCACACAACCUCAAAACAAGACUGCUCUACAUAGAAAUGUAACUAAGGAUUUUAGGUCUCCUUAUUUUGUUCCAGAAGGUGAACAUUGGUCGUUUUUGAUCUCCAAUCACUUCUGCAUUGUAGUGAAUGUAGGUGACUCAGCAGUAAUGUACUACAGGUAGAAUCAGUCUGCUACUUAAGUUUUUUUUUGUCUAGAGUCUGUGCUACACAUGAAUGACACCUGCGAUCUGCAGUGAAGGAAUGAAAUGCAACCCUGAGGGCUUUAAGACAGUGCUGAUAUGAAGUCUUUCUUUUUCAGAUUUCUACUACUUUUGCGAAAUAAGAUGCCUGCUCUUACAAAGUGAUUGUUGGUGCAAAUAAAACUCGCUGUCAAAUAUCAUUAAAACCAAUGCUUAUCUCAGAAUAUGUGUUUCUAACAAGUCACAUAAACAGACAUAAUCAUAUGUACUUUGAAAAUAACGGGCAUUGGACAUGAACUUUUAUUCUGAAAUGGAUCUAGAGGUAACAUUUUCAGGUUUCUACACAGACCUGAAAAGACUCAGUCAAAUCAACAGUAUUUAUUGAGCCUCUGUGCAUGAAAGUAUCUAAAUGUCAUUACAGUGAAUGAUUUGCCACUACAUCCCAUUCUUGAUUGUAUUUUUUCCAUCAUGAGGUAAUUUUUUGUGAGAAAACAACUUUUUCUACCUAAUGUAUUUCUAGCUUUGCAUUCAACUUGUUCUUAUGUCUGAGACUGCUGAGGAAGGUUCAUUAGCAGUUUGUAUGUAAAGGAUUUAUUUAUACUUUUUUCAUAGAGAAAUCAUGAGACAACCACUGACGUGCAGAACUUUGUAAUGUUUACCACUUUAACGUCUAGCAUUUCAGGGCAUCACAGGUCAAGACGCCUUUCUUUGAUGUGUUUUUUCUUAUGAUCAAACGUGGAAAAAAAAAAAAGAUCAGUAACUUAAAUGUUCACGGGAACAGAAUCCGGUAUUUGUCUUCUUCUCUCAGUUUGUACAUAGGAUGUGUUCAUUGAAAUUUAUGUACAGUCUUUUUGUAAUAAACAGCUCAUUGAAACAAUGAA